GCUCUACGUGCGCUCUACGUGUGCUAGUACAUGAAUACUCGCGUGAACUUGUACGUGUGGCUCCCCGCGGUUAGCUUUCUGCUCAAGCUAACCGUAUCCGUUCAAACGAGAACUUUAUUUACACGGAGCGACGUCACAAAGGCUUCACCCUUUAUCCUCUUCAUCCUCUUCAUCCUCAUGGACCCCAUGGAGGCUCCAAUGGGUGGCCCCCCCUUGACGGCUAUCAGAUGACAAUAGGUGGCUAAAUGAAGGCUUACAGAAGGCUAGCUGACGGCUAGCUGACAGCUAGCUGACAGAAAGCUAAAGACGGCUAUAUAGCAGGCAGCUAACGGUUAGCAUGGCCCAGCAGCGUGAUGGCGGCGGCGGCCCUGUUCUCGGAGCAGGAGCUCACCUGCUCCAUCUGCCUGGACGUGUUCCAGGAGCCCGUGUCCACGCCCUGCGGACACAACUACUGCCAGGCGUGCAUCGGCGGCUACUGGGCCUCCAGCCGCGCGGUCAGCUGUCCGCUCUGCAAGCGGCAGUUCGAGGAGCGGCCGCAGCUCGCCGUCAACAAGGUGUUCGCCCUCAUCGCCCACAACUACAAGGCGUCCCGCUGCGGCGCGGCGCCGGGCGAGGAGGAGGAGGAGGAGGAAGAGCAGGUGUGGUGUGACAUGUGCACGGGGGUCAAGAGGCCGGCGCUCAGCUCCUGCCUCACCUGCACCGCCUCCUACUGCGAGGAGCACCUGCAGCCGCACCGGAGCUCCGCCUUCUACGCCAGGCACCCGCUGAGGGACCCCCGCGAGGCCCUGGAGGGCCGCACAUGCCCCGCCCACCGCCGCCUGCUGGAGGUUUACUGUCGGUCGUGUCAGCGCUGCGUCUGUGCCGUCUGCGUCCUGGAGGAGCACCGCACACACCUCACGGUGUCGGUGCAGACGGAGAGGCUCGGGAAACAGAGACACGUGGCGAGGACGGAGCAGGAGAUCCUGAAGCGGAUCCGGGAGAAGGAGGCGCAUGUGAGCCAGCUGAAGAGGAGGCUGGAGGGAGUGAAGAAUUACGCAGACGGAGAGCGAAGGGAGGUGGAGCUCCUCCUGGACCAGGUGUCCAGCUCCUUAGACGGGAUCCGGUCUCAGGUGGUGGGCGGGAUCGAGAGCCAGCUGGAGGGCGUGAUGUUGAAGGGGGAGGGGCUAGUGAGCCGGCUGGAGGCGGAGCUUGGCCAGCUGGCAGACUGCAGAGCCACGCUGGAGGUCCAGGCUGUGAGUCAGGACCACAUCGGCUUCCUGCAGAGCUUCAAGGAGGCCACCGCUCCUCUGGAGGAGGAGCAGGAGGAGCAGGAGGAGCAGGAGGAGGACUUGUGCCUCCACUUCCAGCUGACGGAGGUGAAGAGCGCUCUGACGGAGGUCAAGGACAAGAUGGACGACGUCAGGAUGGGGGAGGCGGCCUCCAGAGGCCCAGGUGACCUGAUGUCUGCAGAGAGCAUGCUCAGUCUGAGAGGAAGCACCACCAGCCUGAGGAAGAGUCAGUGGUCUCUGAAAGAUCGUAAGAAGAUGAAGUCGGUCACAGGACACAAGAAGGUUCGAGUCUACAUGGAGGUCGUGACCCUGAACCCCGUGACGGCCUACCCGUUCCUCAUCCUGUCCGAGGACAGGAAGCAGCUGAAGCGCGGCGAGAAGCUGCAGUUCUACCGCAGCAGCCAGCAGCGCUUCGACGUGUGGUCCUGCUGCCUGGCCAAAGAGCACUACGGCACGGGGCGCCACUACUGGGAGGUGUUCGUGGGGGACAGUAAGGACUGGAAGCUGGGCGUGGUCAGCGAGUCGGCGCCCAGGAAGGGCCUGUUCGACAUGAGCCCCUCCAACGGCUACUACGCCCUCUGGUGGAGCGGCAGCACACUGCGGGCGCUCACCACGCCCCCCCUCACCAAGGUGAAGAGCUCCUCCAAGCUGCGCCAGGUGGGCGUGUUCCUGGACGUGGACGAGGGUCAGGUGACCUUCUACAACGUGAAGUCGGGCUCCGAGAUCUACCGGUUCACCGGACCCCCCGAGUUCAGCGAGAGGAUGUUCCCUCUGCUGGGGACCGCGGACAAGGAGGUCCCUCUGGUCCUCAUGACCUCUCAGGACCAGCUGGCCUGACCCCCCCUGGGGGGUACCAAUAUAUUUACUGAGUUCAUUGUUACAAAGUGUUUUUUACAUUUUCAUAACGGAUCAAAUCGACCAAGAUGUUAAGAAUUUAAAUAAAGACCUGAAAUAAAUAA